UUCACAAUUGCCGGUUGCAUAUCUCCAGUUUAGAAUUGAUUUCUAAUAAUCUAGUAUACAGUAGUAAAUUGGAAUUCCAAAAGAACAAAAUAAAAGUGCCAUAGACUCUUUAUCUAACUACUUAACCGUUUACUAAGCCUCAAAUUUAAAUGUCUGAAAAUUAAUCUGAAUCUCUUGGAUUUCCCCCACUUCAAUUCCGUUCUAUGAUCUCUUCGUCUCCCCCCAGUUAGGACCCUGCCACACACUCUCCCGCUAUAAAUAUCAAACACCACUAGACAUAAUUCUCCACAGUCCACACCAUCUCUCUCUCUCUCUCUCCAAAAUGGCCUACCAUCAGAACAUCCUCCCAACACUCCUCAUAUCAUGCUUCCUAGCCUUCUCCAUGGCGGUGUCACGACCACUAGACUCGAACCCCAAACCGACCCUCAUGGCUCGGCUGAAACUAGACCAAGAAACCGAAAAGGGCUGCUGGGACUCAUUGUUUCAGCUGCAGUCCUGCACUGGCGAAGUCAUUCUGUUUUUCCUAAACGGGGAGACUUAUCUGGGUCCGGGCUGCUGCAGCGCGGUCCGAAUCAUCGAGCACCACUGCUGGUCUUCUAUGCUCGGUUCCCUCGGAUUCACUUCCGAAGAAGGGGAUAUACUUCGCGGAUAUUGUGAUGCCUCUGAGUCUGACGCGGGCUCGGGCUCUGCUCCUCCGCCACCUCAGGCCGUUGUUGGCCCGAAUGUGAAUAUGUCUCGCAACUCGAUUCCAUAGGGGGCAAAAUUUAGUAUGAAUAAGAAGAAGAAAAAAAGGCAAAUAAAGUAACACUGUCUACGAGUUUUAUUGUCGAAUUUUAAGUGAAGGGUGAUAUUCAUGAAGUUAUUGAAUUGUUGAUUUUGGCAA